AUGUAUCUGCAUCGAGUGGCGGGAUAUGGCACCCACAACAGAGAUCUGAAGCAAUGGAUGGUUCCCCUUCUCACCGCUUUCUCCCUGAUGAUGGUGGUAGUGACCAUUGGACUUCUGGCUCUCUUCCUCGUGUUCGGGACCUUUACAAUUUCGGAUAUUCAGGUCAAUAGCAACUCAGGACGAAAGAGCUCAAAUCAACUGAAAGACUUACAGGAGACGAAUGAAAAUUUGGUGGAUGAAAUAUUUAUAGAUUCAGCCUUGAACAAUCGCUACCUCAAAAACCACGUAGUCAGACUAAAUUCAGAAGAGGAUGAUACAAAAGCAGACAUUGUCAUGGUGUUCCAGCCUCCCACUACAGGGCAAAGAACCGUAGGGAAAAAGACGCACCAUAGCAUCUUAGAUCAGAAGACAAGGAACACAAGAGCUUUGCCAGCUGAUGUCUCACGGGUUCAAGUUAAAGAUUGUGGCAAUCGAGCUAUCCCAUUAAUUGCCAACAGAAUAGUGUCUGGAAACCCUGCAGCCAGGGGUGCCUGGCCGUGGCAAGUUUCCCUUCAGCGAAGCAACAUCCAUCAGUGUGGGGGCACAUUGAUUGGUAACAUGUGGGUCGUCACUGCAGCACACUGUUUUAGAAUCAAUUCAAACCCUCGCCAAUGGACUCUUAGUUUUGGAACAACAAUAAAUCCUCCCUUAAUGAAAAGAGACGUCAGAAGAAUUAUUAUGCAUGAAAGGUAUCGCCCCCCAGCAAGAGACCAUGACAUUGCUCUUGUGCAGUUUUCUCCCAGAGUCACCUUUUCGGAUGAAGUGCGCCGAAUUUGUUUGCCAGAACCCUCUGCAUCUUUCCCACCAAAUUCAACUGUCUACAUCACAGGAUUCGGAGCACUUUACUAUGGCGGGGAAUCCCAAAAUGAGCUCCGUGAAGCCAGAGUACAAAUCAUAAGCAAUGACAUCUGCAAGAAGCGACACGUGUAUGGCAAUGAAAUAAAACGUGGGAUGUUCUGUGCUGGAUUUCUGGAAGGAAAUUACGAUGCCUGCAGGGGUGAUUCUGGGGGACCAUUGGUUAUAAGAGACAACAAAGAUACCUGGUAUCUCAUUGGAAUUGUGAGCUGGGGAGACAACUGUGGUCAAAAGAACAAGCCUGGGGUGUACACACAAGUGACUUAUUACCGACACUGGAUUGCUUCAAAAACGGGUCUCUAA